GACUACAGUGGCUGCCGCACGGAGGACUUCGCGACGUUGAUGAAGUGCCGUGAGGAGGCGGCAGCAGCCAUCGGCUGUGGUGUGGACACCUUGGAACUCAGCAUGGGCAUGAGCGCCGACUACGAAAACGCCAUUCUGGAGGGCAGCACCUCCGUGCGCGUGGGUUCGUCAAUCUUCGGAGCACGCCAGUAUCCUCCCAAGUGA